AUGGCCAGCCGGGUCCUCAGCCCCAGCCCCUAUCCUGCGCCCUGGUGGGGACCGCAGUCCGAAGGUCCUGGCUCCGCCAAGCGCCGCCGAAUCGAGGAGCCCGCGGGCCCCGACUCCAGGACUGCGCCCAGCCUGCAAGAUCCCGCAGGGGAUCCGGCGGGGCCUCCGGCGGCGGACACGCUCACGUCCGUGGUGGUCCUGGCUCCAGGCUGUGCUGUGCAGCUGCCCCUGGACGACGUCGACCUGGUGCUGGAGCCCGAGCCAACGUCGGUCCUGCAAGUGUCUCUCCGGGGGCACACCCUCAUGCUGGUCCCCCAGGCCCUGUUGGAACUCCGCGCUCUCCAGGGCGCUCCCGGAGAGGACUUCGCAGUCCAUCGGAGAUUCUUCUGCGCAUGUGUCCCAGAGAUCGCCGCCCCAAAAGCGGCCUAUAGCGAGGACGCGGACCCGGGGUUCCUGACUUGUCCUUGGGUGGACGCAGCGGCAGGCUCCGUCGCUGGGUUCCGCCCCUAUACGCACAGCCCCAUUAGCGAGCCCUCGCCUCAGGCCGCCACCCCUAGUCCAUUGAGACGCUCGCCUGGUCCCUACGUCAACCUGGACUUGCAUCUUCUGGAGCCCUUUCCCAGCUCACCGCUCCAACCUCUACCUCCCUCUCCGAGUCCAGGUCCGCACGUGCGACCCCAGCGCCCUCCGGGUCCCGCGCGCAAGGCCCGGAGACGCCUGUUUCAGGAAUGA